AUGUAUACCCUGCCAACAGACCUCAUCGUUGAUAUCCUCUCAAGAUUUUCUGUUAAGACCCUUUUGAAGUUCAGGUGUGUUUCGAAAUCAUGGUGUACUUUAAUCCGUAGCCCUGAAUUUGUCAAAACCCAUCUUAGUGUAGCUGCUAAAAACAAAGAUCACACACACCACAGGCUUGUAUGGACAGAGAAUAGGGAUUUGCUCACUUCUAGGGACAUCAAACAACACGUUCUUAGGGAAUGUUCUGUUAGCUCAUUACAUAAUGAUUCUGUGGUUGAGUCAUUAGACUUGAAUUAUCCCUUGAAAAACCCGGAACUAAGGGUUUGCAUUGUGGGUUCGGUUAAUGGAUUGAUUUGUCUUGACAUUGAGGAUAAUGAUUUGGUUUUAUGGAAUCCAACACUUAGAGUGUACAGGAAGUUGCCUGAUUCUAGACUUAGAUUAAGUGGUGGUUCCCGUCUCGAUAGAAUUACUAGUGUCAUGUAUGGUUUUGGAUAUGAUGAGUUCAGUGAUGAUUAUAAGGUAGUAGGUGUGCGUUGUAGUUGCACACGUUAUCCGCUUGAGGUCAAAAUAUAUAGUCUAAAGAACAAUUCUUGGAGAACUAAAGGGGAUAUUCUGGAAGUGGUGCAAUUAACUAAGCCAUGUAAGUUUUUAAAUGGGAAGCUUCAUUGGGUUAAUGAUAUGAAUGGUGGUUUUCGUAACUACGGGAACAUCAUUUCAAUUGAUUUGGCUGAUGAGAGAUGGGGAAAGGUGGAGCAGCCUGACUAUGGAAAAAAAAACUUUUCUUUGAAGCUUGAAAUGUUGGGAAGUGAUCUGUCUGUGUUUUGUAACUAUAAGACUAUGAGUCGUAACUUUAUGACGACGAGUCAUGCAGAUAUGUGGGUUUUGAAAGAGUAUGGAGUUAAAGAGUCUUGGACAAAAACAUAUUCCAUCAAAUAUUCUCCUAAUGUGUUUUGA